ACUCACACUCGCUUUGCAGUUCUAGCCAUGAAUUUUUAAACAUGGAUCCGGAACCGUCAGAGCGCACAUAAUUAAUACUACAUUUACAUAUUAUGUGAUUGCCAGUCUGAAUCAAUAUUUUUUUGUCCUCCCUACAUUUUUAUUGACAUUUCCAUCCGUGUGCAUAAAUCAACAUAUCACGGAUCCUGUGUAUCUAUGUGUGGAUUUUGGACAUUCUUCAAGACAAAAUCUUCCCAAGAAUUUCCAAUUUACAAUGAAUUCUCCGGGAUCAAAUAUUGACGCAGUGGCCGCCGAAAGCGACGACGACAGCAGUUCAGAUGAAAAAGGAGGACAGAUUCCCGCUAAGAACGAAGAUUCUGCUGCAAAAGAUUCAUCAGAGAGUGAAGCAAGAACAGAUGACUCGCAGGCAUCCACAGUUCCUUACGUGGAAAAAACGAUUGAGAGCCUUCUUGAGACUUCAUUCUGCAGCAGUGAGGAUAAUGAGUCUAUACAUCUCAAAAUAUCAAGCAGUGAGGGAGAGGAAGAUGUUUGCAAAGAUCCAUUCAUGGGCAUUUCCUUCUCUGAUAACUCCCUGAAAAAUUGGGUCAAAAAUCCGUCACCCGAGGAGCCGCCGCUUUCAUCGACUCCAGUCUAUGUCGACUCGUCUAAAUUAAAUAGUGGCUUCAAAUUUCGUCCCUCCAACCAGUCUCUCAGUCCAAACCAAAAAUCCACCACAAGGUCAGCUGUAAGCCCGUCCUGGUCGACAGAUAUCUGUCUCGAUGAAGAGAAACCAACCAGCGAAAGCAGGAGCUCUGAUACAGUCAGAAACUUCAAGCCAAAUCCCAAGAUGCUCAAUGACUCGACGAUGAAGGACAAGCUGAAUCGUUUUCUCGACGUGCUGAUUGGUCACGAGCACGCACGAUUUGUGUUUUCUCGAAGCCCUUCAAAAUCGAAACAUUUCGUCAGCGAAAGGCCCAUGAACAUUGAAGGUCUUCGGAAGAAGCUAAACGACGGACUGUUUUCGUCCGGAGAAGCUUUCUUGAGGGAUUUGAAACUGAUGCUGCAGGAUGCAGCCUUGCUGAAUCCCACCGAAAGUGGAAUUCCUGAGAAGGCUUGCAUCAUGGAGGGCGUCUUGAGUUACCUGUGGUCAGCUACUUUCAAACACUUCCCUCUCAAGGACGACACUCCGAAACCUACGAGUUUUGAUGCAGAAGCAGUGAAGACCAGUUUUCCCUUAUCAAAGGGAGCUUUGGAGCGUCCACAAUAAUAACCAGCGAGUCAAAGUCUGUACACUUCUUUUCUAUUUUGAAUUUCAACUUAUGAGAGGACUGAGAUUUAAUGGAAAAUAAUACUUGAUGAAAUUUAGUUAAGAAUUUUAAUGCAGCGAAGUAGUAUUGCUUCCGUGAUAUAUUAUGGAAUGCUGAAACAAUAAAACCAAUUGAAUUUAUAGCAGGAAACAAUAAUAUGCGGUGUGUGUAUAUAUAUUAGCUGAUAUUUCAUAUUAUAUUCGGUAGAAAUGAGAGUUAGAGUAUAAAAUUUAAAACGAAUCUAGAAAUUUUGAUGACGGACAAAAUAGUUAUUUUUUCUUGAAAAUAAAUCGCAAAACGUCAAAAUGCAGACACGAAUCUACGAUUUGCUUUGAUGUUUUUAAUCUCGGACUGGCAUUAGUUGUCUAAAAAUGUUUUGUUGUGCACUAAAGUGUUCGAGACACUUGAGAAACUCUUGAGUGAGUGAAAUUGUUGAAAGAAGGGUUAAAAUGUGCACCUGUAGUUUAAAUUUCGUUCUAAGAAUAUUUAUUCACCCUUAAAUUAUAAACAUUGUAUUUUGAACAGAGUCGUUUGGAAAAAAGGCGGACAAUU